AAAGAGCUCUUGUGACAUUGGAACAUGUGACAGUAUCCAACAGUUGCAUGUGACUGUUUCAAUGGCUGAAUGUGCUAAAUUGCCUACAAAAAAAAAACAAAAAAAAAAAGGUACUUCCUCAUCAGCAGGCCGAGCCUAAUUCAGCAAAGGCAGCAGCAACGGCUCAGCCAAGCUUACUGUUGCGUGUGCGCUCCCCAGGAUCCAGUGUGCAGUCCCAUACUGUACUGUAGCAGCAGAGACUGCGUAUGAGAACAGCCUGUCCUUAAACUAAGGGAAACGCUUCACCUGCACUGCAGUGCAGUUCAGAAAAAACAGAAUUUUCAGUUCACAAGCGACCAGAAUGUUGAAAUGCGGUGCGACUUGAGGCUGGCAGGUUAAUUGUCUGAGUGUGCAGCGUGAAGCGAAAGGCAGGAAAUGAUCGUAGUCUGUGGUUGCCAGCCUCCCUGGAUGGAUCUUAAUUUGACCAUGGUUCAGCAGCCCCAGGGAGACUGCACAGGCUGUGUUUGCUCUGCUGGGAGUGGAUGUAUUGAGGCUGCAGUGUGCAGGGGAUCAGAGUGGGUGGUGCUGUGAGGAGGUGAACUGAAAGCACAGCUGGCCCCCACGGGAAUGAGUCAUGACAUCAGUGGUUGUUGUUGACGGAGGAGGAUCAGUCGUGGAGUAUGUCAGUGUGAUGGAGAAUCAGCAACAGGAGGAGGGGCAAGGUGAGGAGUACCCUGCAGUGAUUGUGGAGUCGGUGCCCAGUGCCAGACUGGAGCAGUGCUAUGCAGCGCAGGUCCUGGUCUACGAUGAUGAGACGUACCUGAUGCAGGAUGUGGCCGAGGAGCAGGAGGUAGAGACUGAAGUAGCGGAGUUUGUGGAAGCAUCAGUGCAUGGCAGUAAUGUCCACUGCUCGGACAAAACCAUUGAGGCAGCUGAAGCCUUGCUCCAUAUGGACUCUCCAACCAGCCUGAGGGAUGACCGAAGUCCUGUGGAGGUGUUUGUACCCCCAUGUGUAACGACCCCGGAGUUCAUCCAUGCAGCCAUGAGGCCCGAUGUGAUCACAGAGACGGAGGUGGAGGUGUCCACCGAGGAGGCUGAGCCCGUGGAGAUCUGCACUGUAAUAGAGGCCCCUGAAAUGGAGCCUGUUUUUAAAAAGAAAAAAGCUGGCCGUAAGCCAAAGAUCCAGCAGGCAGCUGUGUUUAAUGGUCCUUCAGAUCUGGGUAUAAAGAAGAAGCCCAGAGAAGGCAAAGGGAACACCACCUAUUUAUGGGAGUUCCUCUUGGACCUUCUCCAGGACAAGAGUACCUGCCCCAAGUAUAUCAAGUGGACUCAGAGAGACAAAGGCAUCUUUAAACUGGUCGACUCCAAGGCGGUGUCCAAACUGUGGGGAAAACAUAAGAACAAACCUGACAUGAACUAUGAGACAAUGGGAAGAGCACUGAGGUAUUACUACCAAAGAGGUAUUCUAGCAAAGGUGGAGGGACAGCGCCUUGUCUAUCAGUUUAAAGAAAUGCCAAAAAACAUUGUUGUGAUAGAUGAUGACAAAACAGACCCCAGCAGCGAGGACCUUCUCACAGCCGAUAAGUCAUUUGAACGAGUGCCUCCGUCCACGGAAAGUUUCUUGACAUCGGUGGAGCUGUCCAGGACUCCAUCGAUCCUGCAAGGAGGAGGGAGGAGCCUGGUACUGCAGGGUCCAGCGACGGCCGUGAAAACAACGGCGUCAGCGUCAACCCAGCCUCGCAUAGUCGGCGUCAUGUCAGCCACACAUCGUCACGACGUAUCAAAUGAGCAGUCGCACACCACCACCAUUAUUCCAACAACAACAGGGCCCAGAACGGUGCGUGUGGCUAUGCCAGUGGUGAUGACCACGUCUUUGGGCCAGAAGAUCUCCACCAUGGCGGUGCAGCCUGCCAGCUCUUCUAUCCUCACCAACACCAGCCCCACCACGGGCAAUGCCCCCAAGGUGGUUAUCCAGACCAUACCCACCAUGAUGCCCGCGACAGCAGAAAACGGUGACAAGAUCACAGUGCAGCUCGCCAAGAUCAUAACCAUCCCUGCUUCUCAGCUCGCCCAGUACCAGCUGCAGGCUAAGAGUGGCAUGACUGGGGGAUCCAGCAUCAACAUAAUGGGGGCCCCAGUGGCUGUGAGAGCACUUACCCCUGUGUCAUUAGCGCAGGGGACCUCCGUCAUGAGACUGGCCUUGCCUGCACAGCAGCAGCAUCACCAGGUCACCAGCCACAGCCCCACACGGUUCAUUAAUGCCGUCAUCAAGAGGCCGGAGAUCAAGCAAGAGGGGGCAGCCCCCAGCACUGUGAAGCAACGACAUCACGAAGUGGAAAUGAAGAAUGUCGGGAGCACCAGGCCAGUAACUCUCACGUUCCCUGUCACAGUAAAAACAGAAGGAAGUGACGGUUGAAAAUGGAAGAGGAGGAUUAUUACAAAUGAAACAUACAGUUUUAUUAGUUGCACCAGUUAGAGACUACUUUCUGUUGUAUGGGAGGGGUGAAACUGGUCGCUCUGACGUUAAAACAUUUUGGGAAUUCAUUUUGUACAGCUGUCCAACAGACUAAAGGAACACAAAUAAGACAGUCCCAUGCUUUUCAGUGGGAUUUUGAACCACAUGUGUUUCAUAGUAGAAUCAUAAUUAUUUUUAUUAUUGGUGACUGAUAUGAUUCAGUGGUGAACUGUAAAAAAAAAAAAAAAAAACACAGCAAAAAACAAUCCUUCAGAAAAGGGACCAAGUCAGUUCAUGACAGUUUUACCCAGACAUUAAACAUUCAAAACACUAAGGUAAAUAUAUUGUAUAUUAAUAAAAGAAAGCAAACUUCUUUUUUUGGGGGGGGGUGGCGGAUGGAUGGACGGGCAGACAAUUUAAUCUUUUUAACACUCUGUCUGAUUUUUGCAUAACAUUUUGCAGUUUGACUAUCACUAUGUGCACACAGUACCCAGUGUCUUGGUGCUAUAUAAAAGCUUCACCGAUCUAGAAUGUUGAGAGUAAUGUUGCAGUUAAUUGCAUUGGCAGCUUCUGUGUGAAGAAAGUGACAAAAAGGGACUUGUAUAUGUCUUCAAAACCAGUUUAAAAAUCAUUCAAACAAGGAGCCUUACAUUAAUCUACAUUUGUUUGUUUUCCAUUAUAUAUAUAUAUAUAUAAGCAAACUAGCUUUUUAUGUAAGUUCUUUUUUUUUGAUACCUUGUACCAAGCACAGUAUUAUAGAAAUAAGGCAAACUUAUUUUGUAUUAUAGUUUAUAAUAUAAAUGUCCGGAUUUCAGUUUCAGCAGUGUUUUGCUGCGAUUUUGCCUAUGUCAUAUUGCCUUGUCUGUACAGAAGUUUCAUUUUCAGAGUUGCUGCCACUUUAAAAGGUCACUCGGCAUGAAUUCUUGCAGCUAGUUCGAAAUGUUCUGAUUAUUUUUUUUUCCCUUUUCUAGUUAUUGAGCGAGAGAAAAAAGUUCCAGUGUUCAGACUGAACUAGUUUGUAUAUUCAAUAUUUGAAGUAUAGUCUAUUUUGUUGUACUCUUGUUUCAAAGUGUAUUCAAGUAGAUUUUAAUGAAAUAUAAAAAAGUUUUAAUAAACAAA